AUGGCGGAGAGGACAGUGCUACGCAAAGAUCAGCUGGAACUCAGCUUGCACAAUGAGAAAAAGCUAAUUAAAGAAGGUACCAUCAAGGAUGACAACCCGUUGGACCUGAGUGAGCCGUUCCGUGAACUCUGCAGUGCCUGCCGGAGGGGCGAUCUGAAAGUCUGCCAGGAGAAGAUCACCGAGGGUGUCAAUGUGAACGCUCGCGAUUCAUAUGAUUAUACACCUUUGAUUCUGGCCAGUCUAUGCGGGCAUUAUGAAGUUGCGCAGCUACUACUGGAAUCUGGUGCGCUGUGCGAGCGAGAUACGUUUCAAGGCGAAAGAUGUUUAUACAAUGCCUUGAAUGACCGCAUACGGAAUCUCCUCCUUGAAUAUGACUAUUCCAAGUCGACAGACCCACUUCAGCCCCUUGCUGCACAUAUUGCUUCAUUGCUCACUCGUCAAACCCCUGUGACCACUGAUAUCACCGUGACUGCCGCCGAUCAAGAUGUCUCUCUCCACAAAUUUAUAUUGGCGGCCCGCUCUCCCUAUUUCCGUGGAAAGCUAGCCGCUGCUCCAGAGACCACAACAUGGAAGCUCCCUAGUACCACCCCGCCGGAGGCAUUCAGUGCCGCAAUCAGAUAUUUAUACUUAGGAGAAGCUCCCCGUGAGCUGCGCAGCGGACCAGGGACCGGGUUCACGGAAUCCGAGGUUUUCGCAGGCAUUGAUAAGAUCUCGAAGUACCUAGAGAUCCAAAGUCUCAUGGACAACAUACUGGACGGGGGGGAUAGAAGGCGUGCCAGGCAGCGCAGAACUGUGGAGCUUGCCAAGGGCCGGGCUCAAUUAGAAGAGUGGUUCCGAGAGAAUGUCCUGGGCAACAAAGUGGUUGUUGAAACAUCAAAGGCGAAUAAAGUGACGUGGGAUCACAACAAUCCAGUCUUUGCGGAUGUUCUCCUUCGAGCAGAUGAAUUGCCGGAGGAAGAUGAGAAUUCUGCAGACGAGAUUCCCAAAUCUACUUUGUUCCCCUGCCACCGGGCGAUGCUUCUCCGUUCCGAAUUUUUCCAGGCUAUGUUCACGUCUUCUUUCCGUGAAGCACAUGUUAAAGACCAGCUGCACAUAAUUGACGUGGACUGCUCGCCUGAUGUUCUGGAGAUCAUACUGACCUUCUUGUAUACCGAGCGCGCGGAUUUCCCCUUGGAAAUUGCCGUCGACGUUCUGUUCGCGGCUGAUAUGCUCUUCAUCGAGAAGUUGAAGUCCAAAGCGGCCGUUGUUAUCAGCACCCUGGGUAGUGGAGGGAUGUCACAGGCGGAAGCAGCCAGGACUCGUGGUACCCAGGAUGAAGAUGACAUCGACAUCUACGCAAUCAUCCGGGCGGCCUGGUUAACUCGCGUCCAGCGUCUCGAAGAAUUCGCCGCUCGGUUCCUCGCAUAUCGACUGGAAGCCCACAUCGAUUCACCCGAGUUCGCAGAGCUAAUUCAAGAAUCAGCGGCUCGAAUUCAGGCGCGCCAGGAGACCGAUUCAAUCGAGUUACUGGAUGAUAUUCGCUUCUACCUGAACGAGCGUUUCAGAUUGCGAUUCGACGAUGCUGGUCUUGACGAACUGAUGGAUGAGCAAGCACCGCCGGCAAAUGGCGAUGGUACCGCACAGCCGGAGGAGAUGGGAAAGAUCACAGAAGGAGUCGAAGCAAUGAACGUCUCUAAGCCAACGUCCGCGACCAUCGCGUUGAAUGGGAAUGCUCAGCAACCGCAGGGGUAUACCCGCGAGAUCCGCACACUUGACGGUGCGCUCGUUGAGGAUGAAUUCGAUGAGGACGCGAUGAAUUACGAGAUUUUGCUAGAGAAGCUAGAUGCUCUCUUGGAGAGCCUAAAUCUGGACGCGUAA